AUGGUCAAUUCCCAUUCCACUUUAACGAAAUUUAACAUUUUUUCCAAUUCUAUUUUUAAAAAUCACAUUAAUUCAAUAUAUUUCUCACACGAACAAAACCAAAAUACAUUAUUUGAUAAGAUACAAUUCCAAAAAAUACUGAAUUCCCCUAUUAAACUCGAUAGUUUUUCUUCAAAAUCGUAUUCAAAGAAAAAAUUCUCGCAACCUUUAAGUUUAAACGGCAAUUCUCAUAUUACUAUUCAAAAAUGUAGAUUUGUUCAAUGCAUUACUAACGAAAGAUAUGGAGGUGGCGGAAUUUUCGCUUACGGCCUCAAAGGAUCACUCACAGUUAGUGAAUGCAUGUUCUUUGACUGUUCUAGCAUACAUAGACUUGGCAAUGGCGGUGCCAUUUCCUUUUGCGAAGGCAGAGCACAACUCACCUUUGAAAAGUCUUGUUUUGUUCAAUGCUCAUCAGUAGCGAGUGGCCACGCGAUAUUUCUGAAAUCAUCCAUGUCAAAUGCCUUCAUUGAAAACAUUGAAUGCGUUGAUUGUCCUUCCACUUUCUACAAAACGCAGUCUUCUACGAUAGAACACAAUUGUAUGGCCAAUACAUCAUAUAUCAACAUUUCAAAGUGCAAUACUCAAAGAACUCCAGGAAUUAAAUCCAGAAUUGGCGAAUCAUUUAUAAAAUACGAGUACAUUAACAUGGAUUCAUUGAACACUGAUAGGCAUGGCUAUAUCUACGAAAUUGCAUUCAAUAAUCCAAAUAUUACAGCACAAGUUCAAUAUUGGAACUUAUUUAAUUGCACAGGAGGGUUUAGAUAUAUUGGAAGUUAUAAAACAUCGGCAGUAGUUACAUUAAAAUCCCAUAUUUUCAAACAAUGCGGAACAAAACUUACUUUCGCAAUAACUUCAAAAGGUUCAUCAAUUAUCAUGUCAUAUUUUAUUGCCGAUGCACCGAUUAUUAAAGAUCUUGAUCAAGGUCCCUUGGAAUUGCUUGAAUUUUCUCAAAAUCAAAAUCCAGUCAUGAAUUCUUAUAAUUCUGUUAUGGAUGGCUUAUGCAUUUAUAUUCCACCGACAAUAAACUUCGAGAUUACACCUGCAAUUAUUGUUAUUUUCAUAGCCUUCCUCAUUAUUUUGUUUAUCACUUUUGUUUUAAUCGGAAGAAUUGCACAGCACUACAUGCGUGCUAGAGAUAUGCGUUACACUCUACUCUCAGUUCCAGAAAUUAUUCAAUGA